AUGCUAAAUUUUAGGGCGAUUGCGAGAGCGUUAUCGACCAUGCCGAAGAAUUUCCGAGAACACCAGGUGGUCCCUGACGUCGUGUCCUGUCCACCUGAAGCAACUGUUACUGUUCGAUAUCCCAGUGGCGCGACCGUGGACGAAGGCAAUGUGCUCACGCCCACUCAGGUGAAGGACAAGCCCACCGUCAGCUGGGAGGCAAAACCUUCCCUGUUCUAUACACUGGUUAUGACUGAUCCUGACGCACCAUCGCGCGCUGAUCCGAAGUUCCGCGAGUGGCACCACUGGCUUGUAGGCAACGUGCCUGGUGAUAACGUCGCGGCUGGUGAAGAACUCUCUCAGUACGUCGGCUCUGGUCCUCCCCCCGGGACUGGUCUGCACAGAUACGUGUUCUUGGUCUACCAGCAACCUGACAAACUGACCUUUGAUGAGCCCAGACUGACUAAUAAAUCUGGUGCUAACCGUGCUAUGUUCUCCAUCGCCAAAUUCGCCAAGAAGUACAACCUGGGUGAUCCCGUAGCGGGCAACUUCUACCAGGCUGAGUACGAUGAUUACGUGCCCUUGCUCUACAAGCAACUCGGCGAAUAA